AUGGCUAGCGGUGCAUCGGCCCAGGUAGUGGGCGGCGCCAACUUUAUGAGUGACGCUAGCUUUGCGGACGGCUUUGACGUGACAUCAGAUGGAGGAAGGAGUCGUACCACUGGCGAUGUCGAGGCUGGUCUAGUCAAGAUGAGGGUUAAUCCUGACGGCGCCUUGAGCAUGGGCAUCAUAAGAGAAAGAGGAGGCGUUCAGGGCAUUGAGGCGAUGCCCACAGGGGCAAAGGAGAUGUGGGAGGCACCCAAGGCACUGGAGGCAGCACUAUCUAGGCGCAAGGCGAUGCCCUCUUGGCUUGAGGCGGCGACGGGCCCAAGACCAGUGGGAGUGGGUCAGGCGACGUCGGUGGUCAUGAUGGUGGAGAUGUAG